GUUGAGGUCCGUCUUAAGAAGAUGCUCAAUUCUGAAGCACUACGUCCAUGGCUGAACACCAACCCCUCCUUGCAAAGGAGCAAAACCUUGUCGACCAUGGCGGAUCCAAGCCCACCUCCUUCCUUCGCUCUCUGGCCAGGCUUCUUCUCAAAUCCCUCAUGUGGCUCAUCUUCAUUCUCUGGGUCGUUGUCAUAUUUUUCUUCCCCACCCACACCGUCAUGGGUUUGUUCUCACGAUGGGCAAAAUUAACCGAAAGCACCCUUUUUGGGAUCACAGGAAGUAUCUUCCUUGGUUUCAGCGGACCGAUCCUUGUCAUCACCCUUCUCGCGUUUGUCUACAUAAUUGCUUUCCCAAGAUGCCAAUUUGAGUACGCGAAGAAUAGUGGGAAGUUACCCAGGUUUCGUCUUUGGACAUUUCCGGUUAUUGUGGACGGUCCUUUUGGUGUUGUUUCUGCUGCUGAGUUUAUAGGGGUACUCUUGUUUUCAAUCUAUAUUUUGUGGACAGUCACUGCUCGUAUCAUCGAGAACCAGAGCACAGUUUCGAUGUUGCCCUUGCCAUCAAAUGAGAAACUGUACUUUUUCUUGGAGAUUACUGGGGCUCAGUUCGGCUCAAUAGGGUUGUUUUGCUUGGUGUUUUUGUUUUUGCCAGUUGCCAGGGGUUCCAUUCUUCUUCGUUUAAUAGACAUCCCUUUUGAGCAUGCUACUAGAUACCAUGUGUGGCUUGGACAUCUCACAAUGGUUAUAUUUACCAUACAUGGCCUCCUCUAUGUGGCUGCAUGGGCACUUCAAGGGCGCCUCCUACAGCAACUUCUAGAGUGGAAGGAAGUGGGUGUUGCCAAUCUCCCAGGUGUUAUUAGUCUGCUAGCUGGUUUAUUUAUGUGGGUUACAUCAUUUCAUCCUGUGAGGAAGAACUACUUUGAGCUCUUCUUUUACACUCAUCAACUGUAUGUGAUCUUUGUUAUAUUCCUAGCCUUGCAUGUUGGGGACUUCGUUUUCAGCAUAGCUGCUGCUGCAAUUUUCCUUUUUGUACUGGAUCGUUUUCUUAGAUUCUGUCAAUCAAGAACAAAUGUGGAUGUCCUUUCAGCAGUUUGCAGGCCAUGUGGAACUGUGGAACUUGUUUUCUCAAAACCAGCAAGCCUUCGGUAUAAUGCACUAAGUUUUAUUUUCCUUCAAGUUCGAGAGUUGUCAUGGCUGCAAUGGCAUCCCUUCAGCGUUUCCUCCAGUCCAAUGGAUGGUAGCUACCAUCUAUCUAUUCUUAUAAAAGUUCUUGGUGAAUGGACAGACAAACUGUGUUGCCUAAUCACGGAUUCACCAGAGCAACAAGAAAGUAACAUUAACUCAAAAGCUAAUAAGAUAACUGCCUCUAUUGAAGGACCUUAUGGUCAUGAGGUACCAUACCAUUUGAUGUACAAGAAUCUUAUCUUGGUAGCUGGAGGAAUUGGCAUUACACCAUUUUUGGCUAUUAUAAGUGACAUAUGUCGGCGAAUCAAUGAAGGCAAACCAUGCCUCCCCCAGAAUGUGCUUGUUAUUUGGUCUGUAAAGAAAUCCAAGGAGCUUUCUCUUCUUUCAGUUCUUAAUGAACAGUGCAUUUCAUCAUCUUGCUUUGACAAAUUGCAUCUGGAUCUACUCGCUUAUGUCACUCAAGAAUCUGAACCUCCAUUGGAAGAGGGCAAUCUUGUUCAUGAAGAUGUGAAGCCUGCCUCCAUCUUCACUAUCAAUGGAAAGAGCAUGUCAUGUUUGGUUGGCACAGGGAACACCUUUUGUUCUGCAAUAUACUAUGCAGUAUCUACACUCGGCUUCAUUCUGCUAUUUGGUUUGGUGGAAAAAUACUAUAUAGGUCCUUUUGGAAUUUAUGCGUGGUGGUAUCGUGGACUCUUGUUUACUCUAUGCAUGGUUGCUGGUGCUGUUGUUUUUGGAGGAAUUGUAUUGUUCUUAUGGAACCACUGGGAGAAGAAUUCAGGUAAUGCAAAGUGGAUUGAAAAGGAUGAGAACAAAAGUGUGCUGCAUAAUGAGGAAAGCACCCUGCCUCAUGUCGAUUUUACAAGCAUGCUUUCCCCUCAAUAUGGACGCCGACCAGAUUUCCAUGAUUUAUUCAGUUUGUUUGUGAAGGAAAAGGAAUUCAUAGAUGUGGGUGUCAUUGUAUGUGGACCACCGGGCCUCCAGACUAGCGUUGCAAAAGAGGUCAGGUCGCUGAACAUCAAGCGCAAAAGGAAUCAGGCAGUCUUCCAUUUCAACAGCCACAGCUUUGACUUCUAGGUAAUUUUCCAUUUGAACUAAAAGUCAAAUGGAAGACAUGAUGCAGUAAGUACAUCAUUAGUAUGCCAGAUUUAUGUAUAGGAUCAGUAGUCAGUCUGCUAGUUGCUACUUUGCAUUUUGAGCUUUGGCUACUCCACUACAAGAUAGGGAAGUUUCUGGGAUCCACCAAGAAUUAUUUCUUCUAUGUUCAAGCUGGAUCUUGUCUUUCUAAUUGUAUAUUAUUUAGUUGGAUGGAUCUAUAAUAUCUACCAUAGAUAGUGAAUAUUGUUUAGUUAUACCAUAGUGUUUUUGUUGUAAAAAAAUAGUAUAAUUGUGAACAUUUUACCAAAAUUA